UCACGUGCUCAUUUUUAUGUUGAUUUUGAUGAUUCAACAAAAUCAAAAUGGAAAAUUGUCAAAAAUGUGGAUCACAACAAUUCUGUGAAGAAGAUGGUUUUCAUUAUUGUGAAUAUUGUCAAACACAAAGUCAAGGUUUCGCAAAAGAAGUUGCAACUGAAGAAUUUGUUUAUGAAUUACGUACGAAAGAAAUACGUAUCAAAAACAAUAACAACAACAAUGGAAAACGAAAACGAAAAGAACAAUCCGAUAUCAACCGUCGUGGUAUUCGUUCAUCAUGGACAACAUUUGAAGCAUUCAAUAAAAUUUAUAUUGAAUUUAUUAGGGAUUUUUUCCGAAUUAUAGACAUAAAUGGUUUGUCAUUUCCAUUGGAAAUGAAACAUCGUUUCAUUUCUAUUGCAAUGCAAUUAUGGUUUAAAUAUUUACGUGAAAGUGAAAUAGCAUUCACCGUUGAUGAACAUCAUCAUGAAUCAAAGAUUCGUUUACAUCCAUUCACAAGAUAUCGUGAUAAUUAUCUUUUAGCCAAUAAUAAUCCAUCAUCAUCAUCAUCAUCAAUGGAUGCGGAUGAUGAAGAAAUUAUUAUACCAUAUAUAAAUUUACAAGCAAGAAAUAAAAACAAAUAUACAUCCAACCAAUCAAGCUAUGGUAAUCAAUAUCGUUAUAUGAAAAAUGAAAAAAGUCAAACUUAUGAAAAUUAUCGAUAUUUUGAUGAUAUGGAUCCAGAAAACUGUGGCGAUCCACGGCAACGUAUGCAAGCGAAUAGAUCGGUUAAUUCUUCUCGUAUUCGUACAAAAAAAAUUAAUGAAUUACUGUUAACGAAUGGAAUAUCAUCGACAAAAUUUGUCUCAAAUUCUUCAGAUACAUUUGUUAAUUUUAUCAAUAAUCAAUUAUCAUCAUCCAAUAAUUCUUUUCAAAAUCAAGAUCAUCAUCAUCAUCGAAUAUCGAUCAAAGAUGAACCAUCAAAUGAUGAUGAUGAUAAACAAUUCGCAAUGGAUGAAGAACAAUUCAAGAAUAUGAAAAAAGAAACAAUGUCAAAUAAAUCCAAAUAUAUGGAUCAACAUAUAACAUUUGAUUACUGUAAAUUGGUGAAAAAUAAACAUCAAUCACCAUUAGCGAAUGAUUUCAUCAACAAGCAAAAAAUUCUAGUCUUUCUUUAUAUUGUUAUACGAUUGUUCAAUUUCAAUAUCUAUCUAUCCGAUCUGAUUCGUUGGUGUACAAAUGGUUCAAUACGUUAUAUGAAUUUAUUUGAAAAUUUCCUAAAUGAAAAUGAAACAAUUAUGUGGAUGGAUAAAAAUCAUUUUAUAAGAUAUCAAUAUCCUGAUUAUAAAAUUAUCCUGAUUACAUUGCGCAAUAUGAUCAUACAUUGUAACAUUGAUUUGGCCACCAUUCCAUUGCCGAAUAUUUAUUCACUGAUUCGUCGUUAUAUUUAUGAUCUUAAUCUACCAGAUGGCCUAAUGUUAUUGAUACGUUAUCGAUAUGGAAAUUUUAUUGAAUAUUACGUUCAUACAUCAUUUAUACAUGCAAAUAGCAAGAAAAGUAAUUUACCUUAUUAUGAAAUGGUUGCCAUUGUUCCAAUCAUAUUGAUAUUACGUGAUUUAUUCAAUUUAAACACAACAAAUGAUGAAUUAUCAUAUUAUCAAUUUCGUUAUUCAAAAUUUGCCAAUAGAUUAUUCGUUUGGAAUGAAUGGCUAUAUUAUUCACGUAUACGUUUUAAUCUGAUCAAAGCAUUUAGGCUGAAUAUGAGAUUAAAAAAUUUGGACGUUCUCAAUCUGAAUGAAACACUUUUUCAAUCAUAUCGUAUGUGGGAAUUUUUUCGUGAUAUAAAAAUUGCCAGUAAACAUCCACAUGAACGAAAUUGUUGUCAAACACGUUUUGAAUUACAAGAAUUGUUUGAAAAAUUGAAUUUUAGUAAUGAAAAUUUUGAAUGGAAAACACGUAUAAAACAACAACAACAACAAUCGAAACCAUCAUUUUAUCCAUUGAUUGAUUUGACGAAAGAAAUUCUUGACCAAAUUAGCAAUAAUAAUGAUCUUCAUAAUGUUUUGAAUCAAAAUUUUCGUAAUAAAUUCAUAACACCAUAUGUUUGUAAUGAUGAUUAUUUCAAUUUUCAUCGAAGACGGCCAUUAAGAUUUCAUGAUAACUAUCGACCAUUCUGUCCAUAUCAACGACAGAAUGCACGAACAUUAUUAUCAGAUUCUAUUCGAUUUCUAUUCGAUAUAUCAUCAUUCAUCACCUGUGUAGAUGUUUAUGGUUAUAUUUUUAUGUUCAGUAAAGCCGAAAAUUUCAGUCAACAAAACUAAAUUGCUAAAUAAAUUUUUUGUUUUUAUUCAAUGAAUAAAAAAGAAUUACAGAAUUCAGUAAACAGAUAAA